GGCUUUGGUGUCGCUCGUUAGCGGGGACCGCGGGGACCUGCCGCCCGCGCGCCUGCUUGCGGGCAGUGGCUGGUGUCGGCCGGAGUUCGGGGAGCCGCGGUCUGAUCCGUAUCUGUAGAGUCGGUACCUCUGACAGUUGGGAACAUGGCGAUGACGCUGUUGGAAGACUGGUGCAGGGGCAUGGACGUGAACGCCCAGAGAGCGCUGCUGGUUUGGGGGAUCCCGGUGAACUGUGAUGAGGCUGAAAUCGAAGAGACCCUCCAGGCUGCGAUGCCCCAGGUGCCGUAUCGAGUGCUUGGGAGAAUGUUCUGGAGGGAAGAGAAUGCGAAAGCAGCCUUAUUAGAGCUCACUGGCGCUGUGGAUUACGCCGCGAUCCCCAGGGAGAUGCCUGGCAAAGGAGGGGUGUGGAAAGUGCUUUUUAAGCCCCCCACGUCGGACGCUGAAUUUUUAGAAAGGCUGCACCUCUUCCUAGCUCGGGAGGGGUGGGCCGUGCAAGAUGUUGCCCGUGUCCUUGGGUUUCAGAACCCGGCCCCGGGCCCGGGCCCCGAAAUGCCAGCCGAGAUGCUCAGCUAUAUUUUGGAUAAUGUUAUUCAGCCUCUCGUGGAGUCCAUAUGGUACAAGAAGCUGACGCUGUUCUCGGGGAGGGACAUCCCCGGGCCUGGGGAGGAGAGCUUUGACUGCUGGCUGGAGCACGCUAAUGAAGUCAUAGAGGAGUGGCAGGUGUCCGACACAGAAAAGAGGCGGCGGCUGAUGGAGAGCCUCAGGGGCCCCGCCGCCGACGUCAUCCGCAUCCUCAAGACCAGCAACCCCUCCAUAACCACCGGCGAGUGCCUGAAGGCGCUGGAGCAGGUGUUCGGGAGCGUCGAGAGCUCUAGGGACGCGCAGGUCAGGUUUCUGAACACGUACCAGAACCCGGGAGAGAAGCUGUCGGCUUACGUCAUCCGUCUGGAGCCGCUGCUGCAGAAGGUGGUGGAGAAGGGGGCCAUUGAUAAAGAGAACGUGAACCAGGCCCGCCUGGAGCAGGUCAUCGCCGGGGCCAACCACAGCGGGACGCUCCGAAGGCAGCUCUGGCUGACCGGCGCUGCGGAAGGGCCGGCCCCGAACCUCUUCCAGUUGCUGGUGCAGAUCCGUGAGGAGGAGGCCAAGGAGGAGGAGGAGGAGGCUGAGGCCGCGCUCCUGCAGUUGGGCCUGGAGGGGCACUUCUGAGCCCCUGGAAAGAGGGCUACCGUGCAGACCCAGCCCGCAGCUGCUGUCCUUGUCCCGAGUAGUAAAGGCCUAGCUGCCUGCUGUUUUCGUUGUGUUUUUCUUGGAGGGAGGGGGUCCUGGCCUGCCCGUUCCUGUAGUACUGCUAACACCGCACAGAGCUCGGAGAGCUGCUACAAUGCAGACGGGGUUGCUGGCUGUGGUGCACGCUGUCACCAAGCCGUCACCCUCGGGUGUGAAAGGUGUGAACCCGUGACUCUUCCCAUGGAGAUAAGUGUGAAAUCGCACGUGCAGAUGUUCAGCCCAGGGCCUGGCUCGCACGCAGGAAGUGUUCAGUAAAACUGUGAACCAUUACGUUGUUAUCAGCGUCGAGGCUAGUGUGUGUUUACUGUAAAUCAUUCCAUGUUUAUAUUAAUGGAAAGAAAUGUGCAUUGUUUAGGUAAUAUUGCUCAGCGUCACAGUGCAAAUCUCUUGUCAUCUUUAAAGAGCUGGACCUGUGGAACAGAGUGUUCUGAGACCCCAGCUGGGGCACUGGAAAAGGACGCAGUUCCAGAGCUGUGCUGACCAGAGGUCGCGCAGAGAGAAAUCACCUGGGGAGAUGGCUAGGACCCGGUGACCAGUGACCCACCCAUUCCCCCACUCCCCUUCCAGUCUUUGUCAAAAUAGUUCUUGUUCACCCAGAUUUUAAGUGUUCUACAUUUGAAG